CGGCCUGGUGCCGAAUUGAGUAUUCUCCGCGUUUGAAAUGUGCCUUUUAACGCCUCGGUAUCUCGGGGUUUUCUUAACCACUCAUCUUUUCAUUAGAGCCUUGAACCUUGUACGUGGAGCGUAAGGUUUCCCAUGGGCUGCUGACCUAGGAACCUUUAUUUUUCCCUGGAAUAACUAACUUCAACUACUUGUAUUGUCUGCGUGCUCUUCACUUCAAAGGCGUAUCUCCUGUUUGGGCGGUGACUUAGACCUAGGUUGGAAUUUCAGAUCCAGUCAUCGUUGGCCAUGUAACCUUGGUCAAUUGCUGAACUCUUGCAUCUGUAAAGUAAUAGAAAUGGAAGAUAAAGUGACUAGUCCAGAGAAAGCUGAAGAAGCAAAAUUAAAAGCAAGGUAUCCUCAUCUGGGACAAAAGCCUGGAGGUUCCGAUUUUUUAAGGAAACGAUUGCAGAAAGGGCAAAAAUAUUUUGAUUCUGGGGAUUACAACAUGGCUAAAGCAAAAAUGAAGAACAAGCAACUUCCUACUGCAACCCCGGAUAAGACAGAGGUCACUGGUGACCACAUUCCCACUCCACAGGACCUUCCUCAACGGAAACCAUCUCUUGUUGCUAGCAAACUUGCUGGCUGAUUAAAAAGAGCUGAACUGCA